GUCCCCACAAUGUAAUAUAUACAUGACCACACACAGACACACACACACACACACACUGUAAUAAUGUAAAAAUGACAAAACAUUAAUGUUGACCUUUCUUUUGACCCCCUUCCCCAGAGUAUCAAACACGGAAGAAGCUGUACCCUUGUAUUUAGACCAUGAACACUCUGUGUCUUUAAGAACAGCCAUCAGCUCAUUGGCCCUCUGACAGGGACUGAUGUGGCCUUCAUCUGCUCGCUCGCUCGCGCUCUCUCUCGCUCUCUCUCUCUCUCAUCGUCUUAGGGGGGAUUACGGAGCUUGAGUAAAACCAUGCCUUGUUCUGUCAGCUCUGCCACAUUUUUGUAGACCCGCAGUAUUAACCGCAGUCAUGGUCUCUCUCUCAGGACCUCCCCCCCCCCCACUUCCUAAAAACCGCUUUCCAUCUUAUCAGCCUCAGCAGUUUUUGCAAGAUGAAGACUAAGCAGUCUUUUCGCUUAGCGAUCUGACUCGGCCAAUUAAUAUUUUAAUAUGAAGGCCUUCUGUGUUUGGACGUGUCCUAAUUACUCUGGGUCCUCGGGUACAGGAGCUGAGUAUAGUUUAGGAUAUGUUACACUAUAUGAACAAAAGUAUUGGGACACCCAUAGUAAUUACAGGAAUUGGCUACAUAAGCCACACCCAUUGCUGAGAUACAGGUGUGUAAUUUUGAACACAGCCAUGCAAUCUGCAAUAUCAAACACCGGCAGCAGAACGGGGGGGGUCAUACAGAAGAGGCCAGUCAGCCCAGCACCACCAUUGGACACCACUGGACACCUUUCCAGCAAGUCGGUUCUCCCCGUUUCUGUCCUGCUAGAGCUGCCCUGGUCAACUGCAAGUGAAGUGAUUGUGACGUGGGAACAUCUGGGAUGAAGUUCAGCUGCGAGGUGACGGCCACACAAGCUCACACACGGGGACCUUCUCCCACCAGCAAUGUUCUACCAUCUUCUGGAAAGCCUUCCCGGAAUAGUACGGCCUAUUGUAGCAGCUAAGGGUUAGCAACCUUCAUAUUAAUACCCUUUGAUUCCGAGUGGGAUGUCGGACAGGCUGGUGUCCCAGUACUUUUGUCCGCGUAGCGUAUGUGCUGCCUACCUCAAACCCCAGAGAGGGUCAAGGAAGCACCAGGGCUCAUGCACACCCAUGGGAGGGAUGCAAAAAGCUCAACAUUUAAGGUGGAAUUGCUGUUUGUGCUUCGGCAGAGAGUGAGCAGUGACCAUCCGAGCAUCCAUGCCUCUGGGCUCAGCCAGUGCUCGGUCUAGGUCCCUUUCGCUGACUGUGAGUCAGACAGGUCUGGUUUGGAAGGCGUGUGAUGUGUCAGGCUAAAGAGAACUCGACAGGAUACACAAAUCUCAAGUUUAACCCCGGAGAGUGAUGUAAUUCACCCAUAGUGCUGUGUUCCGGAAGGCGAUUUGUUUUCCGGAACUCUGAGCCACCUGUCUGGUGAGUCAGACUGUCCAAGCUCAUUUAACGCUGGCAUCACAACAGAUCCGAUUAGAUUUUUGAGCCCGGAUCGCAUCGUCUGCCUCAUAGAGUUUCACAUUCCGGAGGUGGCUGCUCUCUGCACCUGUGCUCUCUCAGACACCAAGGGGGUGUCAGCGGCCGUGCCAGACUCAUUACUGAAAGGAGGACGCCCUGAACGAUGACCGAGGAGGUGGUGGUGGUGGCCAAGUGGGACUACGCCGCCCAGCAGGACCAGGAGCUUGACAUCCGCAAGAACGAACGUCUCUGGCUGCUGGACGACUCCAAGACAUGGUGGAGGGUCCGCAACGCCGGCAACCGGACCGGCUACGUCCCGUCCAACUACGUGGAGCGCAAGAACAGCCCGAAAAAGAGCUCACUGGUCAGGAACCUGAGGGACACGUUGGGCCUUGGAAAGGCGAAGCGGAAGGCGAACUCCUCGCCGACGCCCAGCGCGGAGGAGGCACCGUCCGGCCGCGAGCGUGCCCACGAGCUGAGCGUCCCGGCGCUGGUGAAGUUCACGUAUGCGGCGGAGCGUGAGGACGAGCUCAAUCUGUCGAAGGGCGCCCGCGUGCUGGUGACGGAGAAGUGCAGCGACGGCUGGUGGCGGGGCAGCAGUGGGGGACGAACGGGCUGGUUCCCCUCCAACUACGUGUCGGAGGAGGGCGGGGAGGCGUCAGGGGCAUCGCCAAAGCGUGCCCCGCCCACUACUGACUCCCCCUCCCGGGCGCUCCACAAAGUGCGGACGCUCUACCCCUUCAGCUCGGCCACGGAGGAGGAGCUUGACUUUGACAAAGGCGAGAUCAUGGAGGUGGUGGAGAGGCCCGAGAACGACCCGGAAUGGUGGCGCUGCCGCAACGCCCGUGGCCAGCUUGGCCUCGUGCCCAAGAACUACGUGGUGGUGGUGAGCGAGGGGUCCUGGAACGGGGCCCCCCCACACGCCUCGGGGCCUGCCCUCUCUGGCAGGUUUGCUGGCAAGGACUGGUACUAUGGAAAGGUGACCCGGCAGCAAGCUGAGCGCGCCCUUGACGAGAGGGGGGCGGAGGGAGACUUUCUGGUGAGGGACAGCGAGUCGUCGCCCAGCGAUUUCUCCAUCUCCCUGAAGGCCGUGGGGAGGAACAAGCACUUCAAAGUCCGGCUGUCGGAGGGCUCCUUCUGCAUCGGGCAGCGGCGCUUCUGUUCCAUAGACGAGCUGCUGGAGCACUACAAAAAGGCGGCCAUCUUUACGGGGGAGUCCGGCGACCGGCUCUACCUCAUCCAUCCGCUGCUGUGACACGUCACCACGGGACCCGGCAACCUCAGCCGAGCUCUUUGCAAAGCGACAGACGGAGACUGCCGGACCCCCGCUCUGUUUUGGGGGUGUGAGGGCAUCUGAGUGGGAUUUACCACGGGUUGCCAGCGUGGCCAGAGAGUGCAGGCUCACUAGUGGCUGUCUAGUUUUCUGACUGAUACAAACAUGAUGGUGCAGAUGGAUGGUUGAAUGAGAGGCAAGGAACGGCGAUCAGUCCUGUUCACUUUUCACUGUGUGUGUAGCUGUGACAGUGUUUUAAUCAUCUGACUUCUGCUACUUUUUAAGUAUCACCUGUUGAUGUUCCAGAACUUCGAUUGAACUCUGGUUACUGCUAUAUGUGCAGCUAUAAAGCUCCUAAAGUGUGUAUGUGAAGCAUGUGGACCGGAGCGCCACAGCCGUGGACACGUGUCAGGAAGGGAGAUCGUUCUGUUCGAUUAAAGGAUUCGCUUAUUAAUGGAGGAAGGUGUGAAUAUCCUUGCUGUCGUGUUUCAGUAAGAGGGAUCGUUUCAGGUGAUAUGUCGAGUUAUCUUUGUAUGUAACGAGGCAGCGGCCCUGGCUCACGGUGAUGCAGUUAAUGAAUGAGGACACAGAAUGGAUCACCGUCCCUGGGUAGUUUCCUUUUAAUAGCGUAAACACAGUGGAUGGAACGAAUGAAUCAAAUGGGUUUGAAGAAGGUUCCCCUCGUGUUUCCCUCAACAGGUGGCGCUCUCACUACAGGAAAACCAAACAAAGCUGAGUCCACAAUCCAACCGAAAGCUAAUCAAUAAACAGCCCCUGGGCUGGAUCCAGCUGCCCAUUUGUUUUUCCACUGACCUUUUGAUUGGUUCUGGACAUGUAAUUAAAUAAUAAUAAUAAUAAAAAAUUCUGCAUUAUAA